AUGGGUGCUGGUGCCAGUACUGACCGAGAAACCAGGGAUGCGUUUAAGCGGAUCGUGUAUACAGCAGCUGCUACCCCUCGGGGCGCUUCCGAAAGUGCCAGCCUGUCGAUCAUUCUGCAACCUUUGGGUGGUGAGCCCAUGACCGUGAGCUGUAAGAGCUGUUCUGCAGUGGAGGAGCUUCGAAACUUGGUCCCCUUGGAGGAUGUGUGCGGCUUGAUCUUCAAGGGUAGGCUUCUAGCUGGAUCUUCCAAGUUGCACGAAGAAGGCAUCCAAACUGGAGACCUUCUCACAGCUUGCCUUGGUAAGGUGAAGAAGUUGCAGGCCAUUCGGAAGACACAGGCGUGGGCAUCCGAUUCCUUCGCAUUGCUGCGUUCCGAUGGCAGCGUUUCUACAUGGGGAGAGCCCCAGGAAGGAGGUAAUAGCUCACCGGUUCAAGAAGACCUGAAGAAUGUCAUUGACAUCUCUGGUUCACAGAGUGCCUUCACGGCCUUGCGCGGCGAUGGGCAGAUCGUCACUUGGGGCCACAAGGAUUAUGGCGCUGCCCUGGGCGGUCACAAAGAGGAGUUGACGGCUGUCACAGGGAUUUCUGCCUCAGGACGUGCGUUUGCCGCAGUGCUGAAGGAUGCUACUGUUGUGGCAUGGGGGGAUAAGAAAUAUGGUGGAGACUGCCAGACGGUGAAGGAGGAGCUUCAAAACGUGAAGCUGGUGGUCGCAGCCUUCUGUGCUUUUGCGGCACUUUGCAAGGAUGGUCGCGUCGUGUCUUGGGGCAACGAAGCCUUUGGUGGAUCCUCUGAGAGUGUCAAGGAGAAGCUGGUGAAUGUCCGCCACCUUGCUGCCACCGACGGAGCCUUCGCGGCGCUCAAAGAUGAUGGGACGGUGGUGGCCUGGGGCGAUGAAAGCCAUGGCGGCCGGUGUCCUUCGGAUUUGCAGAAUGUCCAGGAGAUCGUGGGCACAACCAAAGCCUUCGCCGCGCGCUUGCGCGAUGGUUCCGUCCGCGUCUGGGGAGAUCCCGUGAAGGGCGGAUGCCUUGAAGGUGAAGUUCAGGAGCGGCUGAAAGAGGUGCAACGUCUUUUUGCUUCCGGCCGCAGCUUCGCCGCGCUCUUGGCCACCGGCACCGUGCUCAGCUGGGGCGAAGUCUCCGACACCCGCGGUGUCGAGGAGGAGCUGCAGGACGUGCGCACCGUGGCCGCGUCGUACGGUGCCUUCGCGGCCCUGCGCGGAGAUGGCCACGUGGUCAGCUGGGGCGAUCGCAAUUAUGGUGCAGAUACCAGCAGAUUCAAGGCUGAUCUGAACAACAUCCAGAUCAUAGAAGGUGCAAGUGAGGGUUUCGCUGCUAUCCGUGCAGAUGGGAAGAUCGUGUGCUGGGACCGGAUUGGACAAGUGGAUGUGAAGGCGGACAGUCUCGCAGCAGAAGCUGCGCAGGCAUCGGAUAAGAAGUGUUUGUCUCAGAUUCGUUGUCGAACAAAAGCGAGCGAUUCCCGCAGGGCCGCGUGGCCUGGCGGCGUGGCCUGGCGGCGCCAUGGCGCCCUCUUCAGCAGCUCAGCGUGCGAUGACGGCGCCUGGCAAAGGAGACCCGGCGCUCCUUCCGUCUUGAUGGGUGCGGCGGACGCGGUGGCGGUGCCCGCGGCGGGUCAAGCGGACGUGGAGACAUGGAAGGUCAAGCCGAGAUCGCCUGCACCAGAGAUUUGCAGUUGCCUGCAGAAGGCCCUACAGCCACUUCCUGGACAUCGUGUAAGAAACAUUGCAGUGGUGGCUGGGCCUCAUACAGCAGAAGCUAUAUCAUGGCUUUCGGCCAUUGCUGAAGGACGGGUGGCCGUGUUCUCGGCUGCGAGCUUGCUGCAGGUCGGGGGCGACCUGCGCGGCGUGCGGCGCUGGCUGCUGGCGCAGUGUGCGGAGGACGAUGUCGUCAUUGUGUUGCUGCGACCGACGGAGUGGUUUAGUGCUGAAGCAGGCAAGAAUGACCUUGCAGGUCUUCUUCGUCAAGUGGAAGAUCGAUGUGAAUGGUCGAGGUCCGAAGCAGGACGCUUGACCUUUGUCUCGGUGCUGUCAGCUCAACCAGUGCUGUCCGCUUGGCGGAGCGCAUUUCAAGAGGUUGUGCCUUUGGAACAUGAGUUGAGUACCGCGAGUGUACCGUUACCGUCGCCUUCAAGCUACCUAUCCAACCCAUCCAGUUCCACGAAGACUGGGUUGGAGCACCUCGCGCCGAGCCCUGCGAAGGAAUGGCUCCUGCAGACGGCGAAGGGGAGUCACGGAACUCCCUGCUGCGUCGUGAUCGUCGGCCCCCGCGGCUCGGGCAAGAGCACGUUCCUGGCCGCCCUGAAGUCGUUGCCGAUGAAGGUGCUCCCCAUGUUUGUUCCGGCAUUGAUCAAUGCUGGCAUCGGAGACACUCACGCCGCCGUAAGAAAGCACUUCGAACGAGCUCAUUUGCAUCAACCUUCCUGUAUCACUUUGGAUGAUGUGGAUGAGCUCUUUGGCAACGAGGACAAAGACUGCUGGAACCAUGGAAUCUCCGAUCUCCUGGCGGAGCUCGUUCACAUGUUGGAUCAAUUCUGCUCCUCCAGACUCCUCUUCAUCGCCACGUCGUCGCGCUCGUGGGACCGGCUCCCUCCGGUCCUGGCAUGCCGUGGGGGCGCUUCAGUUUUGGCCAAGUGGGCGAGACGAGUGUGAGUGUUUCUUGAGGAAGUAUUCACAACACAAAGAUCUGAAAGUGAGAAAAUACACACCAUUGCAUAUCCAUGCAUAUCCUUAUAACAUCUUAUAAUCCUUUCAUUAAUAACAAAACACAGGCACCAGAAGGUCUCAACCUUCUGCCCCUUCCUUUCGCUCUCAGGCUUGCAUUCCAUUCAGCUCCAGGAAGGGGGAGACGGUUUUUCGAAGCUUUCCUGAGGCGGAGCCGGUUGGAAGCGGAGCUUUGCUCUUGCUUUGUACAAAUCACGAUGGAUUUGUUUUCGUGGAUGCAGGAUGUUCAGGCGCCUUCAAGCCGGAUGUUCAGCCAAAGCCGCUGAAAGAAGAGGAGAAAACGACCGCACAGCAGUGUUCAAGUUGCGAAAAGACGCGACCGCACAGCAGAUUGCAGAUUAUGCUCCUGUCAGAUUGUUUUGAACCUCAAGGGUUGUGCACAAACAUGAGGUUCGCAAGGCACUAUACAGCAGUAAGG